UGUUCUUCGCCAGGUGUUCUUUGGCCGCCCUGGCUUACGUUUUCCCGGUGGUGUCCAUCUGAACGCUGCCUUUGGUAUCCUCUCGUUGUCCGGUUUUCGAAAAUAGCUAGCUAGGCUAUAGACUAUAUAGUAUAUACCGCAUGUUAUUUUUGUACAACAACAACUUCAGCUGUCGAACGUUAUAAGGUACAAAUUCAACAAGUACAACAUUAGCACGGACGGUAUAGCCAAGUUGUGGUUAAGAAGGUGGAUUUUUGUUCCUUAUAUUUACCAGAAACGAAGUGAUCCGAACACACGACCCGGGACUUUGGGGGACUCCAGUGAGAACCGUCCUCGUUUUCCCAGUGUAAAGCUGCGAGCCAUUUGUCUCGUCUCUGUGGGCUUUCAUCACGCUUUGGCAGAACAAAAUACAACCUUUGUUUUCCCUGUUUCCAGUUGUGGUUAGCACAACCAAAAACAACACCGUUUUUCGGCAUUUUGGAGGCAGAAUGACGGGUUUAACCAGCGUAGGUCGACAGGUUAAAGAGUAAUGGCAACGGUUUGUUUUCAACGCCAGUCUGGUUGCUAUGGCUCGAAGAACCCGUAUGUAGCUCAGUUGCCCGGAUGUCGGCCCCCACCCAUCGUUUGAAUCAGAGCACUUUGCCAAGCUUUCAUGUCCUCUAAUGCGACACACCUGUGGGCGUGGCUUGUGACGUCACCGUAACGGAAGUAGUUGACGGAUACGCUGCUCACGUUUUAAUAAAGAAAACGUCAGUUUUGCCUACACGCUUUUGAUAACGUAAUGACAACAACACUACCACAACGCUAUUGUGUGAAUAGCACACAAAAUAAAACCGCCAUUAAUUAGUCAUACUAACCUGAAAGUGCCUUACAAGUGUUCCGGCGUUACGUAAAGUAGUUCCAGUAAAACAACUCGCUGUCCAAUCCCAUUAUGUCUUUUUCGGGUAAUUUAUCGCAUCUUAAAAUGAGAAAGAAAUAACUUUCUCUGUUAUCUAAAUUGUUAAGUGGAUUGGUAAGUAAACAAGCACGCUAAAGUGACCGAACGACCACUGCGUGUGUACCGCGUCACCGCAGCAUAUUACUACGCCACUCGGCGGACUGAUUACCGGCGGCUACAAGUUACGUCAUCGUUUAGCCACCUAAUUAUUGACAUUAUGUCAUUUGUAGCGAUAAUGAAUCGAUAGAAAAAGUCAGUAGUUGUCUCACAUUAGACAACUUUCUCCGAGAGCAAAUGGCUGCAAUGAAGAUCACUACGCCCCCCAAGUAGAGCCACGUGACCUCCCUGCCCAUCAGCCGGAAAAUGGGAGGAAAACUCUCAUUAUUAUCUGUAAGUCAACUCAUUAUUAUCUCAAGAAGUGUCUUCAGUAAUCAUGCCAAUGUUCCGCAGCCCACAUACCGUUACACCUGUGCGGGUGUCAAACCCUUCAGUGGAUCCCAGGUGUGUGUUUGGCAUUUCCCUGGAGACGUUGAGAAGAAACGGGCAGAUGGUACACGGAAUACCACUUGUGUUGCGAGACAUGGUCCAGUUCUUGGAGAAACAUGGAAUGGAGUAUCAGGGGCUUUUUCAGGUGUGUGGCUCCGUGGUGAGGAUCCAUCAGCUGAGGCAGCGCUUUGACCGUGGCGAGAUUGUCAACCUGGAGAUGGAACAAGUGCCCAAUGUGGCGUCGCUCCUGAAACUGUUCUUUCAAGAACUGCCUGAACCGAUCGUGCCGGAGUACCAACGCAGACUUCUGGUCCAGAGCUUCAGAGGCAACGCAGACGAGGCCGACUUGAACAUGUCGCUGAAAAAGCACCUUUGUCGCAUCCCGGACGACAACCUCACCGUCUUGUCCUACUUCACCAACUUCCUGUCCAGAGUGGCCGCUUCCAGUCAGUUCAAUCGCAUGACGGUGGAUAACCUGGCCACCAUUUUUGGACCUUGUAUCUUUCACGUUCGAGCGGGACCAAAGAUGCUGGAGGAGCAGAGAGUGUGCAAUACUGUGUUGGUCCAUCUCUUCAGGAAGCAUAAGAUCCUCCCCCGGCCUCCUUUCAUCACCGGACCACCCUCGCCCUCGUCCUUGGCCCCCCUCUGAGGUGACCCUUUGUAUGUUUGUAAAUACUCUGAAGUUAUUGAAGACACUUGCAUUGAAAGCAAGUGGCAAGCGUCCUGAAUUGAGGGAGUGCCAUUCCUGUGGCACACACAAGACCACCACUCAGGGAGUUAAGACCCUGCAAGAUAAGCUUGAAGAAAUUCACGAUGCAGACUUUCAUGACAUGAAUAUUAUUUGCAUUGUGCGUCAGUAUGGAGUUCAGCAGCAAUAAAUGCAACUAGAACUUGUAUGGCCUG